AUGGAGGAAUUACUACAGGAAGCCAUUGGGUUAAACGUAACUCGGUCUCGUUUAACUUCCACGUUGGGAUCUUCCCUGAGUGUUGAAGCUGCUCUCAUUGGCUGGGCAGAUCGCCAGUUGAAUCUGUGGUGCGGCUUACUCAAGCCUGAAAAUGUUCUACCAGGACAUAUUGUGCAAGGACUGGAGUUCCGGAACUUUACUGUCCAAGAGAGAUUAGAGAGAGUUGACCAAAUUCGCGUUUUGGCUGCAGCUACUCCUUCUGAUAAGUCCCUUAUGGUUCAAAGCUUAAAAGAUAAAGGACGAAUGGUUGCAUAUGUAGGCAGAGGCCUAGGCGAUGCGCAGGCAAUUAAAGAAGCGAAUGUAGGGUUAUAUUAUAGAACAGAAUGGGGAGCUGAAAUCCUCAAUUCAUCUUCAGAUAUUGUAAUCCGGGAAAACAAUUUACUUCUGAUUCUUGAAAUUUUGAAAUGGGGCAGAGGAUUUUAUGGCAGCAUCCAAACCUACACUCAAUUCUGGCUCUCUGCCAUUUUUGUUGAUCUAGUGACUGGUUUUGUGAUGACUAUAUUUCCGAAGGGGUCCUUCAGUGUGUAUGAAAUGGUUUCCUCAGGUGAAGAACCAAUACCUAUACUUCAACUCCUUUGGGUAAAGCUAAUUUUAGGCGCUGUUGCUUCUCUCUCUACUCUCACCAAACGUCCCUCUGAUGACCUUUUGUCGAAACCACCAAGAGACCCGAAUGAGCCAUUGGUGACUGAUGGUAUGCAUGGGAAUAUGAGCGCACAAGCACUCUAUCAAAUUCUAGCUCUUUUGGCCAUCCAUUUCACAGGGGAAACAUUGCUAAACAUGAAAGCCGAUGAGAAAAGCACUGUGAUCUUCAAUACUUAUGUGCUAUGCCAAAUUUUCAUGCUGAUCAAUGCGAAGCUUUAUGUUCGAAGAAACAUUUCUGGAAAUAUGCGUGUUAAGAAAUGGUUCUGGGGAAUCAUUGAUAUAAUUGUGAUUCUCCAACUCCUGAUGGUUGAAGUUUUGAAGAGCAUUGCUGGUAUGCGAAGACUGGAUUUUAAGCAAUGGGGCUUAUGCAUCUUCAUUGCUGCUGCAUCGACCCCUAUAACUUGGCUCCUCAGGUACAUUGCGCCUCUAAAAAUACCAUAUCUCAGCUCUGCACAGGGACUGAAUCCGAAGUCAAAAGGAGAAUGA